UAAGAAGGGCUCGUAUCCGGAAUAUCUCCUCGUAAAUAGUGUGACCCACAGGUAAACAGGGGUCAUCUAGAUAGCCCACGACCUCCGGUGACUGCAAAACUGUGUGGUGUAACGACUGAAGUACCCGUUCAAGUUCAAGCCGACGUGAGCUUCGUGUGUGAUCGGUUUCACCUCCGUCGGAUACUCACCACACCUGGCGGCGCGCACGCGCAUCUAUUCAAAAAUCCACAAGAAGCGAAAACACUUGGCUGGAGCUUCUGAAGCCAAACGGAAGUAGCCGCGCUUCGCUGUCGCCUCGAAAAUCGCUUGUUAUCCCCCGAAAUCGCAACGAAAUUGCGCGUUACCAAAUCCUGCGAUCCUGCCAAAAUAUAAACAAAAAACACCUAAUAAUGCUGUUCACCUGUUGAAUUCUGUGCCUGUGUAUCGAUCGAAAGCUUCAGUUCUUCCCAGAAACCCAAACCAAGCUAAUAAAACCCUGUUAUAAAAAUUCUAUCAAUCAAAACCGAAAAUGGCCUGCUUGAGCACUUCCGGUCGCGUCGUGUGCGGUUCGCGUCGCCAACAAACGCACAAGUUGCUUUAUCAGCUAUUUGGAUCCCGGCCAGGAUAUACAUCCCCAUCCCCAUCGACAGGAUUUAAUCCACCUAAAGUUCAACAGCAGGCCAUGCGACUCUUCCACGGAUUAAGCUUCAGCAUGGGCAAGGAUUAUCCCGAUCUGAUGCAAAGCCCCCACAAGUGCAGUCAUACCCUGAAGUACUCCCAGUGCUCCAAGGCGAAUACGAGGCAGCACAGCUCGGUCCACACCCAACAGCCGGCUGGUCCUGUGAGGGAGUUCCAGAUCGACCCCUACAUCAUCCUCGACGACGACCUCAAGUACUUCUACGACGACGUGAGAUAUCUGCUCAAGUCGGGGACUUCCCAGCCGGAACUGGACACCAUCGCCAGCUACUACUUCGAUGGCCAGGGAAAGGCGCUGCGACCCAUGGUCACCAUGCUGAUGGCCAAGGCGAUAAACUAUCACCUGAACAACGAGUCACACCAAUUAGUACACAAACAACGACAGAUCGCCCUCUUUUCGGAGAUGGUGCACUCGGCCAGUCUGGUCCACGACGAUGUCAUCGACCAGUCGGACUUCCGGCGCGGCAAGCCCAGCGUGAACGCCCUGUGGAACCACAAGAAGGUCACAAUGGCUGGUGAUUACAUCUUAUCGAUUGCCUCGAUUAUGAUAGCUCGUCUGCGCAGCGAUGACGUGACGAUCGUGCUGAGUCAGAUCUUGACCGAUUUGGUCCAAGGCGAGUUCAUGCAGCUCGGCUCAAGGGAAACGGAGAACGAGCGCUUCGCCCACUAUCUGACCAAGACAUACAGGAAGACCGCAUCGCUGAUCGCCAACGCACUGAAGGCGACCGCCGUAAUCGCCCAGGCCGACGACAACGUGGCCGAGGUGGCCUUCCAGUACGGACGCAACAUCGGCUUGGCCUUUCAGCUGGUCGACGACAUGCUGGACUUUGUCUCCUCCACCGAGCAGAUGGGCAAGCCGACGGCGGCGGAUCUGAAGCUCGGACUGGCCACUGCCCCCGUCCUCUUUGCAUGCGAAAAGUACCCCGAGCUGAACCCCAUGGUGAUGCGGCGCUUCAGCGAGCCCGGCGACGUGGAGCGGGCCUUCGAGCUGGUGCACAAGUCGCACGGACUGGAGCAGACCCGCUUCCUGGCCAAGAAGCACUGCAACGAGGCGAUACGACUGGCCCAGGAGCUCACGGAGUCGCCCUACCAGAAGGGCCUCCAGGUGGUCGCCGACUUAGUCAUCAACCGCAUGAAGUAGACAGGCAGCAUGCAGCAUGCACCCUAUUAUAAACCAUAAAGAAUAAACCAUACACGUAAUGCAAUAAUAGUAGAGUUAUCUAGGCCACACUCGAUGUUUCGGUUAAGUUAUAUUCAGCCAGCGGGCUGCUUUGUAAACAAGAUUUAUUAUUUAGUUUUAAGCCAUUUGUUGUUGACACUGUAAAUAAUUGCAUAAACAAACCCAAUCAACACACACUAAGCGGCCGCGUUCGCUGUACAUAUUUACGAGAUGUUCGAUGAAUUUUUAUCAAAUUUUAUAUGCAGUGUUUUUCGAAAAAUUUAUUUAUGUAUAGAGAGCGAAAUAUUUGCGGAAAGCCAACAAUGAGUAAACGAGAAAAUUGUACAAAUAUUUCUUCAAAAUAAAAGAAAGUAAAAACUCGGAGAUAAGCAUAAAAUACACAACACUGUAAAAGAGAAAUGUUUAAUAGUCAAUGCAACAAAGAGAAGAGGUGUGUAAAAUGAUAAUUAUAAUACGGAGCAUAAAGAACAUGAAAGGAUUAAUUUACAUUAACUAUGUACAUGAUAGGGCAUUUCAUGCCUAAAUGGUUCAAUGGUCUUGGUCUGCACUUUUUCAAAACCCUCCCGACAGCACAAAUAUGUAAUUUAAAAUGGGAAGCCUGUAGUUUAGCCUGAUAAAUAAAAUGUUUUGAACCAUUCGCGCAUGAAAUGCAUAUACAUUAUGUUUUAUUAGAAAUUUAUCGAGGAUUGUACGUGGAACAGUGCUGCCCAGUCUUAAUUUUAAAGGUUUCUUUUUCGCCCCUAAUGCAAUAGUAAUUUAUAAGUCAUAUAAAACAAAAUCGAACCGCAAAACCCCAUUUCGGAACGCCCUAGUUUAAAUUCUUAUUUUAAUUUAUAAGCGAAACCCACUUAUAAGUCAGUCAGUUCAACUUUUUUGUGACUUUUGUUUUGACGAGAACCCAUUGGGCUCCUUUACAGCCUGCUCAAAACUCAAAAAGAGAUCGAACUAAAACCAAAACACAGAUCAUAUGUUAACCUGGCCAGUUCAUCAGUUUAAACGGGUGCUGAGGAUGAUUUACCCACAGAUUAUAAAAAGCGAACGACAAAAUAUUGAUGAAGACGUUGAUAUUGAUACUUGUAACUACGAUAUUUGUAUACUUAAAGAGAUGAAUAAAAAUUCGAUUUUGUAAAACAAA